AUGUUAAUACCAGUAUUAAUAGUAUCUAGUUUAGUACACAUAUAUUCUAUAAGUUACAUGAGUCAUGAUCCACAUAAUCAAAGAUUUUUUAGUUACUUAAGUUUAUUCACUUUUAUGAUGAUUAUACUAGUAACAGGAAAUAAUUAUUUAAUAAUUACAGUAUUUGCAUUAGCACCUUACUAUAAUGAAACUAUAAUCACAAUAGUGGGAAUAUGUUUAUUAAUAGGUGCAACAGCUAAAAGUUCUCAAGUAGGUUUACAUAUUUGA